AUGAUGGAUCAGAAAAGAAGAGAGGUACAAACUUGUGCCUCUGAGGUAGUUCACCUAUGCGACCCUGAGGUGCAAUAUUCAUGCGGUCUCGAAGGCGUUUGUAUAAAAAAACUAACAGGAAAUCGAUGCAAAUGUCCUAGAGGUUUUAUGGGACUACAGUGCAAAAGACCAUGCCAAGAUAUAUAUUUAUCAUGCGAUCGAUGGAAAAGUGAAAAUAGAUGUGACUGGGCACGGCCAAUACUACCAUUUUUCGAGGACAACUGCGCUGAGACAUGUGGGAAAUGUCAAAGCAAUGGAAGAAAAUUGAAAUUGGCACUUCCACCAAUUCUCGAACCAAUUUCUUGGAUAAUUGGUCGAUGGGAAACGCAAACAAAGUCUGGCGAAAGAUUUCCAUUUCCUCUUUCCGGUCCUUAUCGCGAAAUACUCGACAUUACUAUCGCAGAAGUGCCGUCUUUUGAUCGACCACCAGUAAAUAUCUCCAUCCUAGCAACUGCACUCGAUGGAUCAGACGAACAUAACGAGCUUGGAUUUAUGACUGGUAAACCAUUUCAUGAAGAGACAGGAUUUGUGGAAUUUGAUAAGCCGAAAAAUGGACCGGACUUGGUUGGUAUUGAAAUGGUCAGCAAUACGGGAGCAAUAACAAUAGAGGAAGGAAUUCUAAAACAUGGCGAAAUAUUAUUGAGAUUAAAUUAUAAGAAACAUCCAUUCAGCAACAGCAAAUCAGUGAAAGAGUCACGAAGAAUACUAUCACUAGAGGAUUCAAAUCAUCUAGUGGAAAAAGCUUAUGUUCAAGAUGAAGCCGGCGUAGUACGAAAAUGGACCAAAAAAUAUCGAAGAACUGCCGAUUAUUUAUCUUUGUAUUAA